AUGUCGUUCGGCUCGCGAGUUCGCUCUCUUUCUGCAGCUGCAGCGUUAUGCAUUGCUUCGAGCGUCUACCCAGUAGUUGCAUGGCUUCCACCAAUUGUCACUAAAGGCAACAAGUUCUUCGACUCGGACACUGGAGUCGAGUUUCGACUGAAAGGGAUGGCCUACUACCCCCGACCCAACAGUGGAGAAAUGGCCGAUGUCAGCAACUACGACUGGGCUGCGGAUGAGCACCAGGCUGUGUGGAAACCUCAUUUGAAAGUGAUGGAAGACCUC